CUUCAAACCCUUUCCACGAAGAAACCCAGUCUCAGCUACAGCUCGGGAAAUAAUCAGUACUGUCGGGAGACCUCAACUUCAUUGACCCACCACCCCGAUGCGCAUCCCAGGCUUCUCCGCUGCCCUCCGCACCGUCACCAAACCCCUCAAAUCGCACCCCGCGUCCGCCAUCACCAAACCCGCCUUUCCUCGCCUUACCCCCACCCGCUCUUCUAACCUCCCCAUAACGCGAACGACUCUUCUCAAAGCAGCCCCCAUCAUUCCAUUUAUGGGUUCAUCCUUCAGCUCCAGCGCAGCGCAGAACAAAAUGUCCUACCCCGACCAACGCAGCGACGACGAGUGGCGCGCCGUCCUCAACCCAGAACAGUUCCGCAUCCUCCGCGAAAAAGGCACCGAGCGCGCCGGAACAGGCGAAUACGACGCACACUACCCAGCCGAGGGCGUCUACGCCUGCGCAGGCUGCCACACACCGCUGUAUACGGCGAACCAGAAGUUCAAGUCCGGGUGCGGCUGGCCGGCUUACUUUGAUUCCAUCCCGGGGGCUGUCACCCGGCAUACGGAUAGCUCGUUUGGCAUGGAGCGGACGGAGAUUACCUGUAGUAACUGUGGGGGGCACUUGGGGCAUGUUUUUAAGGGGGAGGGGUAUCCCACCCCGACGGAUGAGAGGCAUUGUGUGAAUAGUGUUAGUUUGAAGUUCCAGGAGGGUGGUGGCCAGCCCAAGGCGAAGGCUUGAGGGGGUGUUGUUUGCUGUGUAGUAGUGAUGGGGUUGUCGUUGGAUGAGAAUCUGGGGCACUGCCAUAUGUUGUGAAUUGACUGUACAUUGGAAUUUUCUGUUACAUCGUCAACUAUGCUUCUGUCU